GUAGCAAGCAAGCAGAACGCGCUGGUGGGACUGCAAGGUAAGUGGUCCAAGCUCGGAUCGCCAAGCCCGGACGUUGCGUUGAGUUAAGUUCAACCACCACUACCGAAUUCGAUUGCCGUGAGGUCCAGAUCUCCUGUAGAAAGGGGGAAUUUUACGAAGACUUAAUCAUGCAUUCGGAGCCACGUCUGCCACGAAAAAACGAACUUCUCCACCGCGAAAAAACAUCCACCGUGAAGACCGGGUAAUCAUCGACCGCUUAGCCCUGCUGCGGAACCUUCCGUGUUCAAGCUUGCGGCUCUGCUUUGGCUUUUUCUGCAGCUGCACCUUCGCGCUCCACCACACACCACGAAUUUCACCUCUCCUCGCCACAAGCUUCACUUCACCUCACCACCGAACGAACAAAACAAUGCCUCAAGCCCCCCUAAAAACCAAGCCCACCGCCGCGAAGGCCGGAAAGCCGAAAGUCGUCCGGAAUGCCGGUGUCAUGAGGAAAGGUCUGCGAUCGUUUGCACCCAAGGCCAAGAAUGCACACAGAGAGAAUUCGUUGAAGAAAUUGAGUGCGCAGCUUGCCAGUGGCACCGAGAAGCGACUUGCGGCUAGGGCGGGACAUUUGGAGUUACUUGUUGGAGGGAAAAGGGACGCGAAGAGGGAUGCUAUGAAGGAGGCUGCAGCGAAGGAGGCUGCAGGAGUGAAGAAAUGAUAGGCGGCGACAAGUUGGGUUUCGAUUUGAUUUUGCGGGCGUUUAAAAUGGGUUCUUCACGGUGUGCACUUUAGUUAUGGAAUUGAGAUAAAGCCGGCCCC